UUGUUUUCUAUACAAUCCCUUAUUUCUGUAGUUGUUGUUGCUGUUGUUGUUGUUGUUGUUGUAUUUGAGUUUCCGUGUGCGUAGCCCCUCGCGACGAGUCUCGCAGCUUAGUCUCAUCGCGUUGCGGCAGCCAUGGGGAUGUCGUGGAAGAUGAUGGUCGGCCCAGCCAUGCUGAUGGGCAUGAAGGCGGCCAAAAUCGACUACGACGCGCCGCACAACUUGCUCAUCAUCCGGGUUCUGUACGCCGUCUCGCAGCUCGCGCUGUUCGGUGCUCUGUUUGUGAUCUACCAGCGGAUCAACCAAGAGGGCGAUGAGAAGAGUACGGUGAAAGUGAAGGUUACUUCCGCCACGGGUACUUCAGAAGAAAAGGUGAUGACCCAUAAGGACUAUGAUAUGUCAGAACUAAUGAAGCUGGUCAAAAGUUUUGGAAUGGGAGCUGUGAUGACGGUCGGCAUUCAUGUCUACAUGGCAGUGGUCCCCGCCCUUCUGUUACAAUUGGUCACGAAUCCGAUGACCUUGUGGGACAACGCCCUAUUUUCCAUAUACAUUUUGAAGAAGGAUUCUAACAAGGAUGAAAAGCUGAAGCGACCGUUCCCUAGUGACUCUCCUUUCGCCAAGAUUGAAGCAAUGAAGAAGGAGAUGGCUGAAGCAGAGGAACUUGAGAGGAAGAAAAGAGAAGAAGGUGACCAGCCGGUAAUUGAGGAUACUGCCACUGCCACGGGAAGAGAACGUGUGUCAAGGGCUGAGAGAAGACCACGAAUCAGGGAUGAGAGUUCCGAUAGCGAUAAAGAGUAGGGGCAAUUUUUUGGCUAGGAACUUUGCUAUGGGUACACUGUUCUGAUUUCUUGGAUGUACAUGAAGUUUUAGAUACAAAUACCCACAUUAGAUUAUAACUCAGGUUGUAUACGAGUUAUUACUUGGUCAGGUAGUUUUGCACACCCUACAAUGGGAAUCUACUUUCAAAUCUCUAACACCUUGUAUUAUUGUUAACAAUACUCUUACAUGUGCUAAAUUUUCCAGACGAUAGGAUGUUAGAUUUGUACCUGCAUUAGGCACAUUCAUGGAAGAUAUUUCAUUGAUAUGCGACGUGUUUACGGAGUACCAAGUCGGCCGCUAAAUGUAGUACAACCGGGUUUUACGUAUGCGAUUACAUCUGGCUUUAAAAACGUGGUGAAAUUUUCUGACUA